CUUUUCUUUCCUGUUGGAUGAUGCAUGAGGAUGAUGAGUCUUAGCAAGUCCACGAGCCUCCCGGACUGGAGGCUCUUCUUGGCCGGGACGUGUUUUUUUGCUGCUGGCGCGUUGACGGCGAGGCUCUUCGGCAGCUCCCACGAAAGCUACAUAUACCGUUCACCACGGUCGACAUUGUUACCCAGAUUGUCCGAUGCCGAGAAAGGAGAGUUACCCUACCCGCCCGACGUCUUACCGGGGGCGAGAGACGUCGACACUCCCUACGGCUCGAUCAGGGUCUACGAGUUCGGCCCGGAGGACGGACGCAAGGUACUUCUCGUCCACGGCAUCAGCACGCCCGCCGUGAGCCUGGGCGCGGUCGCCAACGCACUCGUGGACAAGCACGGCUGUCGGGUCAUGCUGUUUGAUCUUUUCGGAAGGGGCUAUUCCGACACCGCCAACGACGUCCGACACGACGUCAGAUUGUUCACGACGCAGAUCCUGCUGGUCCUGGCGUCUUCACCACUCUCCUGGACGGGCAAGGGCUCCGGCAAGUUUGCGCUCGUCGGGUACUCCCUCGGCGGCGGCAUAGCCACGACCUUCACUUCGUACUUUGGCGAUCUCGUCGACAGUCUCAUCCUGUUUGCCCCAGCCGGAUUACUCCGACCUUACCACAUCAGCCGCCAGAGUCGGAUCAUCUACUCCGAGGGCAUCAUCCCGGAGACCCUGCUACAGCGUCUCGUGAAGCGACGACUUCGUACGCCUCUGGCACCCCCUCCACCGCCGGAGGAAGGUUCGGACAAGACCACCGCCGCCAGAACAAACGUCGUCGCCGUUGACGCGACUCAAGCCGUCCAGGCGGAGGUCAACAUCGAAUCCAACUCUCGGGCGAUCAUAUCGAAAGCCCGUCCUCAUGUCACGGUGGAGAAGGCGGUCAGUCACCAGCUCGACAAUCACCCUGGGUUCGUGCCAGCCUUCAUUUCGAGCAUCCGACACGGGCCCAUAAGGACCGAGCAUGACCGUUGGCGUAUCGUGGGCGAACGUCUGCGGCGACAAAACAAGCAAGAAGAAGGGGAAGGAGGAGGCAAGCAGAAAAAGGUUCUCAUCGUCCUCGGAGCCAAGGACCCCAUCAUCAUCAGGCAAGAGGUCGAGGAAGACGCCACCGCCCUGUUGGGACCUGAGAAUGUCGAGUUUGCAGUCUUUGACGCGGCCCAUGAUGUGCCAAUCGUCAUGGGCAGUCAAGUAGUGGACUCCAUACUUGACUUUUGGAAAAGGACCGAUUAG